GGAUCGAAGAAGUUCGCGAAGGAGGAGAGGGGCGUGACGAUCGAAGAAGGCCGGCGAAGGAGAGGCGACGACAAAGGGAGGCGCGAAGAUUGGGAGGAGGCGAAAAUGAUGGAGAACGGCAGGACGAGGGAAGGCGAUGGUGGCGGCGACUUUACCACCAAAAGAAAAGAAGAAGAAGAAGAAGGCUUAGCUAGUGGUAGCUUUUCGAGCCAACACGGAUGCAAAAUGUCGGUCACUUUACACACGAAUCUUGGCGAUAUCAAGUGCGAGAUCUUCUGCGAUGAGGUUCCCAGGACUGCAGAGAAUUUUCUGGCUCUAUGUGCCAGUGGGUAUUACGACGGGACCAUAUUUCACCGGAACAUCAAAGGUUUUAUGAUUCAAGGUGGAGAUCCUACUGGCACAGGCAAAGGAGGAGUGAGCAUAUGGGGCAAAAAGUUCAACGACGAGAUAAGAGAGUCUCUCAAGCACAAUGCUAGAGGAAUUUUGGCGAUGGCUAAUAGCGGGCCAAAUUCUAAUGGGAGUCAGUUCUUUAUUACCUACGCAAAACAGCCUCAUCUGAAUGGAUUGUACACCAUCUUUGGCAAAGUGAUCCAUGGCUUUGAAGUCCUCGAUGUGAUGGAAAAGACUGUAGUAGGAGCUGGGGACCGACCUGUUGCGGAGAUCAGAAUCAGUCGAGUGACAAUCCAUGCUAAUCCUCUUGCUGGUUAAGGCUUUCAUGAUUCAACUUCGGACAUUUCGUGGCGUACAAUUUUAACAAUAUAGAAUGUGUAGUAAGUUAUGAAGAAUAAAUAAUAGCAGCAUCUUGAUGCUUGAAUUCUGAAACUUACGUACAACACUAGCAGCCUCAAAUCCCACAAGGCCCUAUUGUGAUAUGGUUCUUACAUUUGAUAAUUUUCUCAUGUACGGAGUACUCUAGAAUUUAACAAGCUCACUCCUAAUGUGCAAUUGCCAUGUUUUUAUGUCGAUGACUGAGAAAUUAUGAUCUCAAUUUUAACUACCUAAGGCGUUUUUCUU